UGAAUACCCGUUUAUCAUCUGCAUUUCUUCUUGGUGUAGUAAUUUUAAUGGUCAGUAGUGCAUUUAACAGAUUUAGUAAGAUUAUCAGAGAAAGAUCCUGCUCCAGCAUCAGAUGACAAGGCACUUUCGAUUCUCGGGAUUACGUGUAGGGAGUAGUAAACAUCUGGUCGAGGUACUGGAGUACGCGCGUACAGCGUCGCUUUGUUUUUGGAAGGCUGCGCGUGUAGUAUGUUUGUGCAGUGACAGCAGCAGGGGGCUUGCCCGCUGCGGAAACACGUCAGACCGCGCCGUACUUAAGAUGUGGGCCGUGGCGGGAGGAUCCAGUCCGCUCCGCACGGCACUACCAGAGACACGCAGCACGAUGAGUGACGCACGCAGAGUCCUCCUUUUCGUCGCAGCGGCAGCCGCAGUGGCCACCGGACUCCCCUUGGUGGUGCCGGCUCCCGGCUUCGGCUGGGUGCUGCCGCAUCCAGCCCAUAUAGCGGGACGGCCUCCGCUGCCCCCUCCGCCCCUGGCGCCUCACUCCGUGUUCAUCCUCGUACACGGCAACCCUGCUCAUGUACCGUGUCUACAAACAGGGGCUUCGCCUGUGCAGACUGGAAUCGCUGCAGGCUCACACAGUGCUGUGGACAAGAAUCGUCAGACCGAGUCCGUUACGACGAUGGCUACGACGAGGGCCGCGGUGUCCCCCACAGCUGCCGCGGACGCGACGACGAGGCAGCAGGGCCUGCUGAGCUUCAUCAACGUGCCGGACAUCCCGUGUCCUGAGGGGCAGAGGCGGGACCCAGCGGGCAACUGCAGGGACGAGUGGUAGGUGGGCGGUCUCUGGAACAAGAACUCUGCAGGGAGACCACUGGUGCGACCUGACAAACGCAGCUAAUUUGUGCUGUGGCCUGGCAGAAUUUUACGCUUCAUCCUGUGUUAUAAGUUAUUGACGUGGCUGUGUUAUUGUAGUUCUUAACAAGUUGAGUCGUAAUAUUGUUUUUCUUCAUUUUUUGUACUUUUAGAAAUAUAUUAUCUAUUUAUUUAUUUUAUUUAUGUGACUGUAAAUAAAAAAUUUAC